AUGUUGUCGGCGAUUGGGGGCAAACGAAGAGAAAAACAGACCACCUCUGACACCAAAGCCUACCAGGAAAAGAAAGAGGAAAUUGAAACUCAAAAAAAACGGUCUGCUUCGGAAGACCCUGACCAAUAUCGUCGGAAUGUGGCUAUUCCAGGAAUUAAGGACUCCAUGGCAAAAAACGAUAUUAAAGAGGACGAGUUAGAUGCUGACACAAAAAAGGAUUGA